GAAGAGGAAGAGUGAGAUCAGAGACGCUCGGCAGAGAUCAGCGUGGUGAGAAGAGAGCAGGAGAACCAGACCAAGAGACGUGAAACAAGCGGCACCGGACUUAAAUGACCACGUUUAAACGUUAGUUCUUGUUAAAGGAAAAGAGACUGACUGUCUCCAUCGUCAAAUCAGGAUGUUUGUUCUCAUCUGUGCGACUCUGCUCUUCUCUGUGAGACGCAUCACUGCUGCCACAGAUGGAUCAGUGACAAGCUGCCCUGGUAAAUACUGUAUCACCGUCAGAGAAGGAGAAAUAGCUGCAGAGGCUGGACUCUGUGUGGUCAUACCGUGUUCUUUCACCACUGCUUCUUCUUUUACACCCAAACAUCUGCUGUGGAACAAAUGUGAACCAUUAAAACUAAAAUGUGCUAAUCCAGUUUUGAUAUUUCACUCCAACAAGAACGUCACAGUUCAGGCUGGGUUUAAAAAACGAGUUUCACUGCUGGAGCCUGAUGUGCGUCUGAAAAACUGCCGCAUCAUCAUCAAUGACCUCACUGAGUCAGACUCUGGAUCUUAUCAGCUCAGAGUUGAAGGUGUAAAUAAUGGGAAAGCAGAUGGAUUCACAUUCUCUCAAAAAGUAAACAUCUCUGUCAAAGGUCUGACCCAGAAGCCCACAGUGGGGAUUCCUCCUCUGACAGAGGGGCAGCAGACCACACUGAGCUGCACUGCUCCUGGUCUCUGCUCUGGAUCGGAUCCUGAGAUCACCUGGACGUGGAGAGGAGCAGGAGAGAAGGACUCUCACAUCACAGGAAACAUCACUGCUGUGAAGACCGAGAACCUGACUUCUGUCACACGGAGACACAGCUCAACUUUGACCUUUAACCCUUCAGCUGAACACCACGGCACCGAUGUGACCUGUAAGGUCAGAUUCACCAACAACAUCACUACAGAGGAGACGGAGACUCUGAUUGUGACCUAUAUGAAGAAACCUGUGAUCAGCGGAAACACAGCGGUUAAAGAAGGAGAUGUUCUCCGUCUGACCUGCAGUGGAGAUAGUUUCCCUCCAUCUCGUGUCACCUGGACUAAACUUCCAAUCAAAAAUGUCCUGCACAACGUGAGUGGAGCAGCGACUCUUCUCAUCUCUAAUGUGACAGCAGAGUGUUCUGGUCAGUACGUCUGUACAGCGGAGCAAAGGAUCACUAAUGUGACUACAGCUGCUGAAGUAACCGUGACGUUUUUUCCAAAGAUCAGUAAUCAAACCCCUGGUGAGUGUGUGAGCAACAAUGUGACCGGGGAAGCAGAGCAGACCCUCACAGAUCUGCUUUCCUCAUUUCUCAUCAGCUUCAAAAACCUGCACGUCCUCAUUGCGUUUUUCAUCGGGAUUCUUCUUUCAGCAACCAUCUGCUGUUUGGCCCUAAAAUGCUGCCGAAACCAACAGAAGACCUCUGGUGGAAUGACUCUGGAGAUGGUGACCACUCAAGCGGUUCCACUGAUGGAUCCUAAUCAAGCAGCGGAAAGCGACGGGACCCGCGGCCCAGAAGGUGACGUGCAGCCCAGAGAGGUGGAGUACUCGGACAUCGACUUUUCCUUGGUGAAAACAAAGCGUGCCGGAGGGGCCGAGGAUACGCGGGAGACCCCAGAUACAGAGUACGCCGAGAUCAACAACAAGGGAACGGAGGAGAGGCAAAGUGAUGGUGCUGAGGACAGUGAAGUGAUGGAGGGCCGGGAAGAGGUGGAGGAGGAGGAGGAGGCCAUAGGGGAAGAUAAGGACACAGAAGAGUGUGUGCUGAAGGAGGAGGGUGGAGGAUUUCCGAAUGUGGUUGGAUGCAUUGAUGGCACACAUAUUCCCAUCAUUGCACCUUCCGAAAAUGAAGCGGACUAUGUCAACAGGAGGUCCAUCCACAGUAUUAAUGUGCAGAUCAUAUGUGAUGCUGCACAUCUCAUUACAAAUGUGGAGGCCAAGUGGCCCGGUUCUGUUCAUGACUCACGAAUGUAUCGUGAGUCAACGCUGAGCAACAGACUGGAAACUGGAGAGAUUGAUGGCUUUCUGCUGGGAGAUAGGGGUUACCCAUGCCGACCAACACUAAUUACCCCUUACCCAGAACCUGAACCAGGCCCCCAGCGCCGCUUCAAUGUGGCACACUGCAGGACGAGAGCCCGGGUGGAGAUGACCAUAGGCCUGUUGAAAGCACGUUUCCAGUGCCUACGUCACCUCAGGGUAACCCCUGAAAGGGCCUGCGACAUUAUUGUGGCAUGUGUUGUUCUCCAUAAUAUUGCCAUAAUUAGAGGGGAGCAACACCCUGCCCUACAAAUACAAGACCCAGAGGAAGACCCCAUCAACCCGGCAGAUUUCCAGGAGGGAAGGGUAGUCCGGGAUAUGAUAUGCCGAAAUGUCUUCACAGAUUAAUACACAUUAUAUCCACCACCUAACCAACCAACCA